ACAAAAUGGCCGCAGGACAAAAAAUCGUUUUUACCGUUAUUGUAUUAUUAUGUAUUUUCGGUUCUAGUUAUUGUGAAGAAGAAACGAUCGAUAAUGAUACAAAUGUCGCCGAAGGACGUACGUUUGGACAUCAUUUUUUAAAAAGAAUUAGUUUUGCAAUUGUUCCAGCUGCUUUUGUUGUUGGUGUUAUUACUACUUUACUUGCUGCAUUGACUGUUGUGUCUAUGAAAGGAUUAGGUGUAGGAGUUAUACUUUUAAUCCUUACAAUUGGUCAAAUGUUAGCAAGAUCACUUCCAUUCGGUCAUAUAUUUGCAGCACCAGCAGCAGCUCAUGUUCAUGCAGCUGCACCACUUGCGCAUGUACAUGCUGCAGCACCAGUUUGGUUUGAAAAUAAAUGGUAAAAAUAUUAUAGAAAACUUCAAUCAAUUUUUAGAUGAAAUUUAGUUUUAUAACGUAAAACAAAAACAAAUAAUUUUAGGAUUUAGAAUAUAAAAAUGUAAAACGAAUUUGAAAAAAAAAAAAAAUUGUAUGACUUGUCAUGUACAG